UGUUUCCACAGUACAUUCGCUCACAUACACUCUGUUAUGCAAAAGGAACGGUACACUGAGUGUGUAUAGGGUGUGUAGAGUGUGUGUGUGUGUUUGUAGUGUGUGCAUAUGUGUGCGUGUUUAUUCUACUCAGUAGUCUAGAAGAGGGACGAAUCAAAAUGAGGACAGGAGCAGGAGCAGAGAACUUUCUAGACUUCUGACCAGAAAUGACAUCACAUCACUCUUGUUGCCAUGGAGCCCCGCCUGUCUGUCUGUCUGGCUUGGCAUUGGCAUGUGGUGUGUUUGGAAAGGCCCAGUGCCUGUUAAGGUGUGCCCUGUUCUGAGGGCUGAGAGCUAGGCAUGCUGGGUAAAGACCCCCCCACCACCAGCAGCCUUCAACUGAUGACCUCUGACCCCUCUGACAUCGCUGUGGAACCCGGUGACAUCACAGACGUCCUCGACAUCAGCAGGAAGAUGUCGGACGUAGUUGAGAGUUUGGACACCAGAGAGUUGGACAUGGGAGAUGGAGAGGAGACUGACAAUGACCCUAACACCAUAGGGGACAGUCGUAUAGGGUUCAGUGCUGUGUAUCACACCGUGGGUUUUAAGGAGUCGGAGGCCAGGGUCUAUCUCCCUACUGUUCCCAUCACUGCUAAGAUACUGGAGGUGGAGAGGUUCAACACAGCCCAGGACAGGUUCAACAUCACGGCACAGAGGAGUGUCAACAAGAGUCAGCCUGCAGUGUUUAAGAUUGAGCUGAGACAUGGAGAGUUCAGCUGGGUGGUCAAGAGGAAGGAGAAACACUUCAUGGACCUCCACAGAGAACUGAUCCGAUACAAGAUGUUCAUGAGGGUACCGCUACCCUCCCGCAGCCACACAACGAGGAGGAGGACAAUGAAGAAGAGUGAAGCCAGACAUAUGCCGGAGCUACCGCGGGGCGGAGAUGAGUUGGCACAAGACGAACAGGUCUACAGCAGAAGGAAACAGCUGGAAGAUUAUCUGAACAAGCUACUAAGGAUGGCCAUGUACAGGAAAUACUACCAUACUAUGGAGUUUAUAGACGUCAGCCAGAUGUCCUUCAUCCAUGACCUGGGACCUAAAGGACUGGAGGGGAUGAUACACAAGCGUUCUGGAGGUCAUCGUAUCCCAGGCUUGAACUGCUGUGGUCACAGUGAAGUCUGCUACCGCUGGUCUAAACGCUGGUUGGUGGUGAAGGAUUCGUUCCUCUUCUACAUGAAGCCAGACUCAGGAGCCAUUUCCUUUGUUCUCCUGUUGGACAAAGAGUUCAGCGUCAAAAUGGACUCCAAAGACACAGAGACCAAAUACGGAGUACGCAUCGACAGCCUCUCCAGGUGCCUUGUACUGAAGUUGAACAGCUACAGACAUGCUCGGUGGUGGGGCCAGGCGAUAGAAGACUUUGUCCGUAAACACGGGAGGGCGUUUCUACGAGACCAUCGAUUUGGUUCCUUUGCCCAGGAGGAGCAGAACAUCCCUGCCAAAUGGUAUGUGAAUGGGAAGACCUACAUGGAGGACGUAGCCGAUGCUCUGGAAGAAGCUAAAGAAGAGAUCUUCAUCACUGACUGGUGGUUGAGUCCAGAGAUCUUCCUGAAGAGGCCAGUUGUGGAGGGAAACAAAUGGAGACUGGACUGCAUCCUCAAACGCAAAGCACAACAGGGGGUUCAUAUCUUUGUGAUGCUGUAUAAGGAGGUGGAGCUAGCUCUGGGCAUCAACAGUGAAUACAGCAAGAGAACACUAAUGCACCUGCACCCCAACAUCAAGGUGAUGCGCCACCCGGACCAUGUGUCGUCGUCUGUCUACCUGUGGGCGCAUCAUGAGAAGAUCAUCGUCGUCGACCAAUCAGUGGCCUUCGUUGGCGGGAUCGACCUGGCGUACGGUCGCUGGGACGACCGAGAGCAUCGCCUGACAGAUGUGGGGAGUGUGACACGCUCUGUUGCCCUGGAGAUGGAGCAGUCUCAGAGCUCUACCCACCAUCCCUCCAGUAGGGGAGUGUCCUCUACUGAUGGUGCCACAAAUAGCAAUGGAGGCAACCAAUCACUGCCUGGCAACCCAGGGGUGGAGCUUCCACGGCUGAAGGGGAUUGGUCGAACCAGGAGGAUGCACUUCUCCCUGGUCAAACACCUCCACAAACACACUCUGCAGCAUGCAGACAGCAUCAGCUCCUUGGACAGCGCUGGCAGUGGUUCAGUGCGGAGCCUCCAGACAGGUGUAGGAGAGCUGAGGGGUAACACCAGGUUUUGGCAUGGAAAAGACUACUGCAACUUUGUCUACAAGGACUGGAUACAGCUGGAGAAACCCUUCGAUGACUUCAUUGACAGGUACACCACUCCCAGGAUGCCGUGGCAUGACAUCUCCUCUGUGGUCCAUGGGAAAGCUGCGAGGGACGUGGCCAGACACUUCAUACAGCGCUGGAACUUCUGUAAGAUAAUGAAGCCUAAGUAUCAUUCUCUCUCCUACCCGUACCUUCUGCCCAAGUCUCACAGCAGUGCCAGCGAGCUGAGGUACCAGGUGCCCGACUGUGUUCCCACUAGAGUACAGGUGUUGCGGUCAGCAGCUGACUGGUCAGCAGGUAUUAAGUAUCAUGAGGAGUCCAUCCACAACGCCUACCUCCAGACUAUCGCCAGGAGCAAGCACUUCAUCUACAUAGAGAACCAGUUUUUCAUCAGUUGUUCUGACAACAAGAUGGUCUAUAACAAGAUCGGAGAAGCGCUCAUCGAGAGGAUCCUCAGAGCUCACAAGGAAGGCAAGAAGUUCCGUGUGUACGUGGUGACUCCACUACUUCCUGGGUUUGAAGGUGACAUCACAACAGGGGGAGGAAACGCACUCCAGGCCGUCAUGCACUUCAACUACAGGACCAUGAUCAGAGGUGAAUACUCCAUCAUCUCCCAGCUGAAGAAAGAAAUGGAUGAGCUCCAGUGGAUGAACUACAUCUCGUUCUGUGGUCUGAGGACCCACGCUGAGCUGGAGGGACGCCUGGUCACAGAGCUCGUCUACGUCCACAGCAAGAUGCUCAUCGCAGACGACAACACUGUCAUCAUAGGUUCGGCCAACAUCAACGACCGCAGCAUGUUGGGGAAGCGUGACAGCGAGGUGGCGGUGAUCAUUGAGGACUCUGAGACCGUUACCUCGGUGAUGGACGGACUUGAGUACCAGGCUGGACGCUACGCACUGGCGCUACGUCUAGAGUGUUUCAGGACUGUCCUUGGAGCUCAUAUGGACACGACCAUAGAUGUGUCUGACCCUGUCUCUGACCGCUUCUAUAAGGAUGUCUGGAUGACCACCGCUGGACGCAAUGCAACCAUCUAUGAGAAGGUGUUCCGGUGCCUGCCGUCCUCCCUGGUUCGUAACAUGUCUGAGUUAGAGAGUUACCAGACGAACCCAGGCCUGGCCCAGUCUGACGCAGGUAAAGCCCAGGAGGAGCUAAGGAGGAUCAGAGGGUUCCUGGUUCAAUUCCCUCUGGACUUCCUCUCGGAACAGAACCUAAUGCCUUCUGUUGGGACCAAGGAGGGCAUGGUGCCUACUGAGAUCUGGACCUAGAGGACUAGAUACACACACACACACACACGCACGCACGCACGCACACACACACACACACACACACACACACACACACACACACACACACACACACACACACACAGGACAAGACAGACACACACACAGGACAAGACACACACGCACGCACGCACGCACGCACGCACGCACGCACGCACGCACACACACACACACACACACACACACACACACACACACACACACACACACACACACACACACACACACACACACAGGACAAGACAGACACACACACACAGGACAAGACAGACACACACACACAGGACAAGACACACACACACAGACCACUGCAUUGAACUGUGGAUGUUUAGACUGAAAUCUGGACCUCCAGCUGAUAGGUGACAACUUAAACCACAAACAUGGAGGACCAUGAUGCCGCUUGGCCCGUCACAUCCACAACUCAGCCAAUGAGACUGAUUGCCACGCGGACUAAUGAGGAAGUGCAGGGCUCUCAUAUCCAUUCAGGAGGACACAACGCUACAGGAUAUUCAGAUAGAAAUAUAUUGUGUAGAACAGAUCGUCACCUCUCAUCAUGUAGGAUAGGGACCUGUUUAGCUCCACAUUAAUAUAUUUCUAUCUGCAAAUGUGUAGGUUUUGAAUGUUUCACCUGACUGAAUACACUUGAAAAUGGGUGAAGAAAAUGAGCACCUCAGUUCAAGUAGAACCUCCUUAAUUUCUAAAUGUUUUGUCCUGUUUUGUGCCUUCUGAACGCGACCCUGGACACUCUCCUAUGCCUGUCACCUACUCCGUUGGUUAUGCAUGUUCCUAUGGUCGUAGCACUACGUAAGUGUACAUACCGUCUUUAGCUGUAGUGCGUAACGUUCUGUUUGUUGUUUUCUAGAAUAGAGGUUGUCUUUGAGAAGAACACAUGUAAAUGUUUACAAUCUAAAUAUGGAAUUGUUCUGUCAAAUCGUAAUUGUAAAAUGUAAAAUGUUCUUAAAUGUCACGUUAAGUGAAGCACAGAAUGUCACGAUAAACACUCACUGAAUUUCAUCAUGAAUCACAACCACCUACAGCCUUCUGCCUUUAAUACACCUACUGUUCUAUCAUGCCCUGUAAGUAUUUGUAUUGCCUGUUGUAUAAAUAAUGUAUCAUAUUGCCUAUUAUAUAAUUAAAUCAUCAAUCCAAUAAUUUCAAAA